AUGUCCGUAUUCAAACAUAGAAGAUAUGAGCGAGCCGACAAUGAUGACAAGAAGAAGCCAUUAUAUGACGACUUCUACCUUACCAACUCCAACACAGUGGACAAACAAUGUGCCACCUUCACAAACUUGCAUAUUACAUCAAGUCCGAACCUCACAUCGAGUUUACAUUCAUCGGUGCCACCAUUCAGCACGACAGAGGAUGAUAGACGUAAGAUGGGUCUUCAUCGAAGUGAUGAGGAAUGGAGGAGAAGAGUGGACAACUCAAAGAUCAAAGAGGAGGAGAGAAUCAAACGUGAGAAGGCAGCCGCUGCUCAACUAAUCCUCGAGGAGAAACAAAGAAAGGAGAUGGAACAACUAAAUAAUGAGCGAGAGAUUGAACAACUCGACAAAACCGACAUCACUCCCAUCCAGGCGCACCAUCCCUCCAACCUCUACUCCUUCUUCCCCGACUCUGUCUACCAAGCUUUCCAUCAACUUCAAAUGUUCACAAGAGAUUUACCAGUUCCAGAGUUUGUGUUUGUUGGACCAAAGGGUGCUGGAAAGUCUGCAUUGAUUGAGGCUUUGGUCGGUCUUCCAUUGAACUUGGCUGGAUUGGAGAAUGUGUACACAUCAACUAAGAGACCAAUACAUAUUCAAUUCCAAUACAAUCAUGAAUGUCAGAAGCCAAGGAUCACUCUUAAGACAGAUACACAGUCAAUCAUAUUAUUGCCAAACUUUGAUCAAUUGGGCAUCCACUUGUCCAACUCCAACUCCAACACAUUGUCCAGCUCUACAUCCAUCUUGGAGCCAAUCUCAAUCACAAUUGAGUCCAACAAGACAUUGACAUUCACAUUGAUUGACACGCCAGGCCUCCAAGUGCAAUCUGGCAACAUCCAAGAGAGAGUUGAGACACUGAUCCACUCAUUGAUCAGUCGUUACAACAGGACUAUCAUCGCAGUGGACACUUGUGGAUGUGGUGAUUGGAAUAAGAUGGCAUCAUUGCCAAUUAUAUCACAAGUAGAUCCUCACCAUCAACGCACAAGCUUCGUCCUGACCAAUCUAAACAAGUUGACCAGCACCAUACAUGGCUUCAGCGCCAGUCAAGACAUCAAUCGAUUCCUGGCCGGCGCACCACAGACCACUGGAUCGCACAGUUACUAUGCCACGCUGCCCAACCAAGCCAUCAGAAUCAAGUCAUCGGACGUGUCCACACUCCAGAAGAAGGUGUUCCAAUUACAUCAACGUGAUGUAAACACGAUGGAGCAACUUCAAUUCGAUCAAACAUACAUCCAAAGAAUUGGUAUGCUUGCCUUCCGCUCGCACUUUAUCAACUUGAUCUGGAAGUACUAUCAAUCAUCAGUGCCAUCAAUACUCAAAGAUAUCCAACAAUGUAUCCAAAACACCACUGGUCUUGUCCAAACACUACAGGAUAAACAUUCGAGAAUGGACAUCUCAAGUCUGCGAAAGGAGGCCACCAACAGCACUGCCACGCUUCUGCAGACCAUCGAACGACUGCUCACCGGCACGAGCGAGGGCAAUCCAACUCUCAACGGCCAGACAUUGUUCGAGGAGAGGCAGCAGGCACAGGCCACGGUGGAGAGCAGCAUCUCUGGCGAAGCCUGUCCCCAGUGGUCCAUCGAGGAAUACGUCGUGCCAAACUCGAACGUCAAACUGUUUGGAGGACAGCAGUUUGAGCGACUGAUGUCUGAGUUCAAGCUGGUGACCGAGACGACGCGGAUGCCUGGACUGACCACCAACGAGAUCGCAACGUCAUGUGGCUUCAACAAACUCAACAGUAGCCCGAACCAUGUGUGGGCCGCCUGCGACCUGGCACAGCAAAAGUCAUACGAGUGCAUGUUGCCUCUGAUCGAUGAGCUGGCGCAACGAGCCAUAUAUGUGAUGAAGCAUCUUUGGGAGAUUUCACAUCGAGUGAUGGGUGCCAGACGCAAGAACACUUGCUUGGGAUCAUCCACAGACAUGCCCGAGACAACCACGACGGCGGCUGCCCAGUAUCCUUACUUUGCUCAUCAUAUCAAGGAGACUUUUGACGCAUUUGUCCAGCGUGCUGCCAGCCAAUGUCGCGAGAAGUGCAUGGACGAGUUCAUGUCGACACGCGCCAUCUACUGGGAGUUCACUGAGUAUCAGGACCAGGGCGCGGCCAUCCACAUGGGUGACAAUGAAUACACGCGAUCACAUGUGGAGUACUUGACCGAGCGCAUCUUUGAGUCGAUCCGCAAACGUCUCACCAAGAAUGUGAUCCUUCGUUUCUACAACUUCUUCCUGGUGCCCAUGCAAACUGACCUGUGGUCCGUUGUCCAAGGUCGCAUCAACAGUCUCACGGACGACACUCUCGCUCAAUUGUUUGAGUUGGACACCAACAAGUCAAUGUUGGCACAAGAGUCUGCCCGCCAGACAGCCAUCCUUUCGCGCUACAAGCAGCGACGAGAGGAGUUCCGCCAGGCCGCCGCGCAGUUUAGUCAUCCAUGUUCAUCAUCAUCAUGUCCGUCGCCACUAUCAUCAUCAUCAUCAUCAUCUGGUACAGCUAUGCAAUAA